CUGUCAGUCUUAGUCAAAAAUAGACCUAAUUGGCGGCUGUGAAAAACUGGAACCGCACAUUCGUUGCUUGAUUCAGAGUUUCGGUCGCUACAGAAAUUCUCGACAUAUUUUGAAACAUGAAUUCCGCCACAGCAGACAGCUUUGGACGUUUCUGCGCGGAGAGCGAUUUUCCUCCACGGAGACGACAACAAGUGAGCUAGCUAGCUGGUUCGGCCGCUACCGUCCAUCGUCUUCUCCUCCCACCUCAACGGCACACUCCAACGGCUACCAACGGCUACUAACGGCUACCAACGGCUUGCGAACAAGCAGCCGUUUUCCGCGCUGAGAAAAAUCCACCAGUCUCGGCGGCAUAAGCUCAAAGCAGACGUUGUGUUUAUUUUAAACCAUAGCCAUGGCCAGUAGUUUCCUGAGCACGGAUGAUUCAUCUCCAGCGGCUCUGACAGACCUGUGUCUGACCUAUGUGAGCCAGAAUCUGGAGUUGUUCUGUGUGAAGCGCCCUGAUGGCUCCCUGUGCUUCAGAGAGGCUGUGCUCUUCCCACAGGAGCUGGCGGACCAGCUGCUGGCCAAGAUGGCCACUGAAGGGCCGUUGAAUGACAGCACAGUGGGUGUAUUUCGAAACUGUGAAUACCUGCGGCUGAGACGAGCCUGCAUCCGUACAGCACGGAUCUCUGCAGAGGCCUUCCAGAAAGCCCUCUGCCCUCACAGACUGCUGGAGCUGGAUGCUGCCAGGGUCAAUGCUGACCUCACUAUUCCUGAUAUUCUACAGGGACUGGCCACCAAUAAAUAUUGUCAGGAGUCCCUCCAGCGACUUGUCUUAACAGGUCUGACCAUGUCUUCUCUGGAGGAACCAAUCCGAUAUCGCUUCAGCUCCCUCCAGGGCCUCCGCUCCCUCUCUCUUGCCAACGUAGACUUCUAUGACUCUGGGCUCGUAGACGUGUGUUCCCUGCCUCGGCUGGAGAGCCUCGAUCUCUCCAACACUUCAGUAACCAAUCUGAGCCCACUGCUGGGCCUGAAGGAGCGGCUGCGCUCACUAACACUGCACCAGCUGAAAAGGCUGGAGAUGAGCACUGCUCAGCUGCUGGGAGUCAUAGGCCAGCUGGAUGUAUUGCAGCACCUGGACAUCAGUGAUGAUAAGCAGUUUACCUCAGAUGUGGCUCGUCAACUGCUUGGACAGCCAGGGAUCCUGCCUGUUCUUGUUUCCCUCGAUGUGUCAGGAAGGAAACAGGUGACAGAUGCAGCUGUGAAGGCAUUUGUUGAGGAGAGACCAGGGAUGACCUUUGUGGGACUUCUGGCCACAGAUGCUGGAUUCUCUGACUUCCUCUCUGGAGAGGGAAAUCUAAAGGUAACAGGAGAAGCCAACGAGACCCAGAUCUGUGAGGCCCUGCGUCGCUACAGCGAGAGGGAAGCUUUUGUGAGAGAAGCUCUGUUUCAUCUGUUCAGCCUGACCCACGUCAUGGAGAAACCGAGGCCUGACAUCCUUAAACUGGUAGUUUUGGGCAUGAAGAAUCACCCUGCCACACUGAACGUCCAGCUGGCAGCCAGUGCCUGUGUGUUCAACCUGACGAAGCAGGACCUGGCAGCGGGAAUGCCAGUGCGACUGUUGAGUACCGUCACUCAGCUCCUGCUGGAGGCCAUGAGGACAUUCCCCAACCACCAGCAGCUGCAGAAGAAUUGCCUGCUGUCUCUGUGCAGUGAUCGCAUUUUACAGGAGGUUCCAUUCAACAGGUUUGAAGCUGCCAAACUAGUGAUGCAGUGGCUCUGCAACCACGAAGACCAGAACAUGCAGAGGAUGGCCGUGGCUAUCAUUUCCAUACUGGCUGCUAAGUUGUCCACAGAGCAAACGGCUCAACUGGGAGCAGAGCUGUUCAUAGUGAAGCAACUGCUCCACAUUGUGUGUCAGAAGGCUACUCAGGGCAUGGUGGACGCCACGCUCAAAUUUACACUGAGCGCUCUCUGGAACCUCACUGACGAAUCACCAACAACCUGCCGCCAUUUUAUUGAGAACCAGGGCCUGGACCUGUUUAUUAAAGUUCUGGAGUCCUUCCCCAAUGAGUCUUCUAUUCAGCAGAAGGUUCUCGGCCUGCUGAACAACAUAGCAGAGGUCGGGGAGCUGCAUGGAGAGCUGAUGGUGCAGGGGUUCUUGGACCACAUCAGCACUCUGCUGCACAGCCCAGAGGUGGAGGUUAGUUACUUCGCCGCAGGCAUCCUUGCACAUCUGACGUCACGAGGAGAGGAAGCCUGGACUCUCAGCCUGGACCUUCGAUCCUCCCUGCUGGAGCAACUGCAUGCUGUCAUCAUGAAAUGGCCCCCGCCAGAGUGUGAAAUGGUGGCAUACAGGUCAUUUAACCCCUUCUUUCCCCUAUUGGAGUGCUUUCACACCCCCGGAGUCCAGCUGUGGGCGGCCUGGGCCAUGCAACAUGUGUGCAGCAAGAACGCCGCUCGCUACUGCAGCAUGUUGUUGGAGGAGGGCGGCCUGCAGCAGCUUGAGCUCGUUCAUACACACCCGCAGACCCACAGAGAUGUCAAACUGUUGGCUAAGAGCAUUCUGGAGAGCCUGCAGAACCACAGAGCCCGCACCGGCCAGCCUGCACAAACACAGACAAGUCGCCGUCUGCCGCCACAAUAACCUCACAGAGAAGAUGAGGCUCUCUGACCAAGAGGAAGACAUAAGCUAGAUCCCACUACAGGGGGGAUUUUGUGUGUGUGUGUGUGUGUGCGCGUAUGUAUGUAUGCGUAUCCCACGCACAAACACACUUCAAGAAACAAUAGGAAGUAAAUAUUAAAGGACAAAGACUACGCAUUUCUUUGCACACACACACUAACUUUAUUUAUUUUCUUUGUGUUUGUUUCCAGACAAAAAAAAAAUAUUUCUGUGUGUCUAUCUUGUGAUAAAAAAUUAAAUUAUUAGAGGAACUGUCGGUCAGUUAAGCUCAAAUCAAAUUUUUGUGCGCUCGCUCUUGUUAGUCUGACAUUGGCGUCAUUAUGAUUUUCGAACCAAAAAACGUGCACACAUACAACUACGAAACCCGAAAAAGCCCAGCUGGGGGUCAACACAGAGCUGGCUCCCGUAUGUUAAUGAGGGCUCUGGUUUUCUGAAUUUGUCGAUUUUUAGCGAAUUAAAUAUACGCAUGAUACUGCUGUGAGCUCAAGCAUGUCGGAUUUCAUCUGAAUUGCUUGUGCCGUUCAUUUUAGGAAUGCCUGCUUGUUUGUCUUAUAGCAGUGUUCUGCUCACUCAAACCCACGCUUCUUGGUCCACAAUACUGCUGUUGCUCUCGUCUUCAUUUAGUCUUUUUAUCGGAUAAUGCCUUUGAUUUGAUGUGACGGGACACUUGCGGUCCCGUCACACAAGGGUGUGUUCAGUGAGUUCAAAUGUUACAAACUUUAAAGAUGAAAACCUAAAUUCUAGAGAAGUUAUAUCUAUUUGAGAAGCUCCAGUGCAUUUUAUUUCCUAAACAUUUGGCAGCCCUAAAUGAAUCAUAUCAGUGGCAAAACCAGCAACACUGUAAAUCAGAUGAUCCAGAGUAGAAUUCACAUGAUUAAGUUGAAAUUAUAUCCUAAAUUGUCAGUUAAAGUGCCAAAAUGCUCUCUGGACACAAAUGGCAAUAAUGAUAUGGUCAGUAUUAUCAUGGCGGAUGUACAUUGAGCAACAGCGGUUUUCUCUUUGAGAGACGUGUGUGUAUAUAUAUCAGUAUGUUUGCUGUGCUUCCCAAUGCGUCCGAGUGUCUUAAAGACAGGCAGCACUUGGGUGUGAGCAUGUGUGUAUGUACAUCAGUACAAGUAGCUGCACCUUAAAGAGUGUUUGUAAUUUGUACAUAAUAGAAAAUAGAAAAUAAGAGAGGAAUAUUAGCUGUUUUUGUGCAGGACGGGUUGAAUUUGUUGCAUGGAAAUUAUUAUACAGUCUGUUCCGUUGUUUGUUUAUCUGAUUAAAAACAAAUGAGGGGUAAACGGAGAUGAAACACUAUUUACCUGGAGGAGAGAGACUGGGGGUGUUAUCAGAAAUAUUUAUGGGUAUUUUUCUUUUUCUGAAAUGACUGGCCAUAUGACAUUAGUAUCCACCAGGAUGCCAUUUUACCAGGUAUGCUUCUGCUGUCCAGAGAAGCCUCCAUUUGCUGUUGCCCACAUUUUUCUGCUUCAUCUGAGGUCCUGAUUCCAUUAAGGUCCCGUCAUCAAUCUCUAUGCAAUCAAAACUAAUGUCAAAUCCUUGAUACAACAGUGAUGACUCUUUUAAAAAAUAAAAAUAAAAAAACACUUUUUUGAGGCUUCGGCAGGAAUAACGUCACAGGUCACAAGACUUAUACAGAUAACUUUUAUGUUGAAAAUAAAAUAAAGAUAAUAUAUUGGGCUACUAAAUGGUACUCUAUAACAGCUGUCAGCAAAACAUACAUCACCUCAUCUGCUCAGUGAAUUAUGGCUUUAUUGUUUUCUGUAAAUCAUUUGUUGUUGUAUGAGCUUGCUAAUUAUGCAUGUGUCCUGAGCUGAUCUCAUCAGCUUUAACAAGGGCAAAGAGCAGCAGACGACACAGAAUCUGUUUUUGUAUUUUUCUGUUGCUCCUGAUAAUGUGGACUUGUUUAGUUGAGACCCUGAACAUCGCCACUGGAAUGAAGGCCAGUUCAAUUUUUCCCAAGAAUUUAAAUCAGAUGAAAGAUCCAAAAAGUCAAGAUACUGUAUGUCUGCUAUGACCUUGCCGUGUUGCUGCUGAGAGUCAAGUUUUCAAGUUUGGAAAUAAAGAAUGUACAUUCCCAUAAACUG